AUGGCCUCUCUGUUUUCUCUGAUCCGGACAGGGUUCGUGAUAAUACUGUCCUAUGAUGCUGCUCGUAAGACAGUGAAGUUUUAUAUCACAGUUGGAACCGAAAAACAAUAUUUGACAUCCCCGAACUAUCCACAACCAUACCGAAAUGUACUGACGUAUGAAUGGUACCUUACUGCUAACUCCUCUAUACCUUACGGAGUUAUAAAAUUCAAGGUACUUGACUCUCGGAUCCGGGAUGCAACGCCUUGUUACGAGGAAGCCGUCGUUAUCUACAACGGUCCGAACGAGUGGUCACCUGAGUUAGCAUCCUGGUGUGGAUACAAGUUCCCUUCCAAGGUUCUCACUACUGUCAAGCAGACAUCUCACGUGGUGUUCACGUCUAGCGCUCAACAUCAUUCCAAUCCUGGCUUUAGGAUAGAAUACUGGGCAACUUCCAAACCGCCGAGGCCGGUAAAACCUGUGGUGUUAACAUUGGUCCACUACACCCUGUUUGGAGUUUUUGUGGGUGUGAUUUUCAUACUCUUGGGAUAUAUUCUAAUCAUCUCUGCCGUGCGACGAUACCGCCAAGCUCAACCGAUAAAUCCAAAAUACCUCAUUACAUGA